AUGAGUUAUUUGAACCGAGUCUGGAUGGCUGCUUCCGUGGCUGCAGUUGGCCACCCUGAUCAAGGAUGGAAAUCCGGCGUAAAAUCACUGAAACACGGCAAGAUGAGGGUGUUCUCAGGCAGAGAUGCUGCGGAGAUCCGACCACUUGCUGGUUCAGUUGGAUCGGAUUGUGUUGGAGUUCUUGGGAGUUGUGGAUCGGAAGAGGGAGAACGAACCCAAAAAAUGAGUUAUUUGAACCGAGUCUGGAUGGCUGCUUCCGUGGCUGCAGUUGGCCACCCUGAUCAAGGGUGGAAAUCAGGCAUAAAAUCACUGCAACACGGCAAAACGAGGGGGUUCUCUGGCGGAUGUGUUGCGGAGAUCCGACCACUUGCUGGUUCAGUUGGAUCGGACUGUUUUGGAGUUCUUGGGAGUUGCGGAUCGGAAAAGGUGGCGAGACAGAACGACGAGUCUCUCCGACGAGUUAUGUACUUAAAUUGUUGGGGCCAGGGGUGA